AUGACGCUCAACGACGGUACGUACUGCGGGUUAGAAGCAUAUCUCUUCUUCCACAUAGGCCAAGGGGACAUGUUAUGCACAUUGCUAAUCAUCCUGGUCCUACAAGCAGAAAUGCCGCUGCCACAAGCUACCGGAAACGAGGCAAGCAUGCCAGGACCAGAGUCGCGCUUGGUUUCCUGGUCUUCCCCCGACGAUCCUGAAAACCCUAAGAAUUGGACCAUGGCCAGAAAAUGGGCGGCGACUAUAGCGGUCUCCCUUUUCACGUUCAUCUCGCCCGUUUCGUCGUCCAUGGUCGCCCCGGCGUUGACGAAGAUCGCUGACGAGCUGGAUAUACAAUCGGAGGUGGAGACCCAACUCACCCUCUCGAUCUUUGUUCUAGCCUAUGCCGUGGGCCCGCUGUGUCUCGGCCCAGUCUCGGAGAUGUUUGGGAGAACUCGGGUCCUGCAGUUCAGUAAUCUUUGUUAUGUGGGAUGGAAUUUGGGCUGCGGGUUUGCGCAGACGGAGGGCCAGCUGAUCGCUUUUCGAUUCAUGAGUGGGAUUGCAGGCAGUGCCCCCUUGGCCAUUGGGGGUGGUGUCUUGAGUGACUGUUGGAACGCUGAUCAACGAGGAAAAGCAGUCGGCAUCUAUAGUCUGGCGCCUCUGCUGGGUCCUGUGGUCGGCCCUAUCGCUGGGGGCUUCAUCGCCGAAUCAACAACUUGGCGCUGGGUCUUCUGGUCCACCAGCAUCGCUGGCGUUGUCAUUCAACUCUUCGGUCUCCUGUUCCUCCCUGAGACUCACGCGCCCACGUUGUUGAAACGUAAAGCAAAGACGCUUGGCGAGAAGUCUGGCCAUACAUACCAUACUGAGUUUGACUCAAGCCAGAGCCUUUUAUCAAGCCUGAAGACCUCGCUGAUUCGCCCCUUCAAGAUGCUGACCACGCAGCCGAUCAUCCAAAUCAUAGCCUUGUACAUGGCGUACCUGUUCGGGCUCUUUUACCUGCUUCUUUCGACCUUCCCAGGGGUCUGGGAAGGGGUAUACCAGGAGAGUAUCGGUAUUGGAGGCCCGAACUACAUCUCCCUCGGGAUUGGCUUCGUGCUCGGCGCGCAGGUCAACGCUCGGGUGAGUGAUCGAAUCUACCGCCGGCUGAAGCUGGAGAGGAACAACACGGGCAUUCCCGAAUUCCGCAUCCCUGCCAUGUUCGUUGGCUCUGUGUUCAUUCCGAUCGGUCUGUUCUGGUAUGGCUGGAGCGUGCAGGCCCACAUCCACUGGGUGAUGCCGAAUAUCGGGAUCGUGCUUUUCUCCAUCGGCUCGAUCAUCUGCCUGCAGUGCAUGCAGACCUACGUGAUCGACAGCUACACACGGUUCGCUGCGAGCGGGCUAGCGGCAGCGGUGGUGCUUCGCAGUCUGGCAGGCUUUGGGUUUCCUCUUUUCGCGCCGUACAUGUACCGAUCGCUCCAGUAUGGCUGGGGGAACAGCUUGUUGGGACUGCUCAGCAUUGUCAUGGGGAUUCCGACUCCAUUUGUCUUCUGGUUCCUUGGGGAAAGGCUGCGUGGGACGUCGCAGUACGCUUCGGGAUAG